GUUCUACAGUACCUUUUAAGCAAGUCGUCGUCCUAAACAUUAUCUGCAUAAUGUUAGAUGCAUGGUUCUCUAACAAGCUCGCACCCGACGGCGACGUCAAGGAUGGUUGCCAUCCUGACGAAGCAGAGGCUCUGAAGAAGUACCUCCGUCAUGAAAUAACAGCUGAAGAAGCCGCGCAUGCCAUCUCGCGACCUAUAGAGAAUAGUAGCAAUCCAGGCGAGGACUUACCGCGUCUUUGGGAUCUUCUUAUCGACGCUCUGCUCGAGCUGCCAUUGGAUAAUACCAAGCGAUUGAUUACACUCAUUCAAACCAUCGAGAAUCUACCAGAACCUGAUAUGACGGCUGUAGAAGAGGGAAAGCGGCCAGCUCAUGGCAAGCUCUGGCGCGGGCUGCCGGGUUUUGGCCAUCUUUACGCGGACAUUCAUCAAUCAACCGACUGGCGCGAAGAGGCUCUCGAAGCGGAGGCAACCGAACGCAGGAGACUACGGGAAUAUCAUAUUAGGAAAGCAAAAAUAGAAGCACAGCUGGUAGCAGAAGGACUGGCUGGCAUCCCCAUAGACUGGGGUUACGAGACCGUGACGGACGCGCUAGAAAGAAAAGAUGCUUUGCUCGACGUCGAGAUUCCUGCUGCGGCCGAGUGGCUCAGCAUUGCAGGGGCGCGCUUCUGGGAGUGAGCUACGAAAAAU